UUAAAAUACUUAGUUACGUUUAAGUAAUCAAACUGAAUGCAAAACCCAGAUCUUUGAUUUGGUCCGAAUUGAAUAACUUAAUACUAUAUUCAUUGAAGCAAUAACACCUUUAAAUAUGAAUACGAAACUUAUCAUUUUGUUACUUGGAACAGUUGCAUUUGCUCAUAUAUGUGCUGCACGACCGGAGGCAAAGUCAUCAGAGGAAAUUAAUGAAAUAAAGAAAGAUAACGAGUUACAGGAUAAAGUUGCUAAGUUUAUGGAAAAGAUUCUAAAAGAAAAGGAUUUAUUCAACGAUCAUUUUAAAGUAUUUAUAGCAGUUACAUCUGAGUACGCUGUGCACGCUCGUGAAUCCGUACAGCAAGGACUUAAGGUCUGCAGACUUAUGAUGAAUGAACCUUUUAUAGAGAAGUUGGAUACUGAAGAUAUACAUGCAAGAGCUGAGGACUUUGCUUUUUAUGUUACAAAGGCUGAGGCAUCUGAAAAAAAUGAAGGAGACGACCCUGCUUCGGAUUUGUUUGAGCUUUCUGAAAGAAUAAGUAGAUUUAUAGACAUCUAUAACAUAACAUUAAUGGAAAAACCAACAAUGGAAGAUGUUCUAUUCGGUUUAGCUUUGGAAAAAAAUGGGAUUGAAGAAGCAAACAAGGAAAUUGAAAAAAGUUUUUCAAAAUUUUUAGUUAAAAUGAUCGAUAUUGUGGAUAAGUACAUCGCUAACUUGUCAGCAGAAAAUAAAGAAGCUGAAACCAAAUUAAUUGAGUUCAUGCCGAAAUACAAAGCUCUUGACAUUAAGGAUCAAAAAAAGAAGAUUAGAGAUUUCUUUACAUUAUUUAAGCUAAAACGUGCACAAGAUGAAGAUGAAGGAAAGAAAACAACAGUUUAAUGUUAAUAUUUUAAUGUUUAAAUUAAAAUAAAUUAAAAAUUAAUUGAAAUUUAAAAUAAUUUAAUUGAAAUUAAAUUCGUUAUGGAAAGUAUUGGAUGUAAAAUAAUGUGUGUGAAUAUAUUUUUUAUUU